CGCUCAGUGUUUCCAACCAGGUGAAGAGAAAACGUAUUUGUGGCUGCAGCUGUGGUUUCACGCCUGUAGCAAGGUCGCCAAGAUGACUGCAAUCUACAACCUGCUUGAUAAAUUCAGACUUCAGUCCUACUAUAAAGGAUUUUGUGACAUCGGUGUAAACGAUGAGAGGGACUUCGUCGACAGUGUAACAGAAGAGGAUCUAGAACAAAUAGGCUUGACUCAAGUGGAGAGGAAUCGCUUUGCAAACCUGAAGGACCAUGUGACAAGGCUCAGAGCCAGGCCAGACCCAGGCCAUGGACCAGGAUUCUUUAAGAAGAUGGAGGAAUUCAGCCUUCUAUACACAUACCCGCAGUGUCCUGAGGCAAGAUAUAUCCAAGACAUGGAUCCUGCACAGAACACAGUUGAAGAUUUAAUGCUAAGGAUUUGUCAUGUUGAAAAUGUUGGCAACAGUAAAGGUGUCUGUCUGUACACGGUGGACGGAAUGCCCCUAACCGAUGACCCCUUCCUCAACACAUGUUCCUUAAAAGACAGACAGAUAAAAAACAAAGAUAUACUCUAUGCCAUAUUUACACCCACUCAGAACCUACUAAGUAACAUUGUGAUUACUAACAAAGCAGUUGGAGAUACUCCAGGAGAGAAUACUGUUCGAUGUCACAUAAUGCUCAGGGGAAACUUUGAAAUCUCUGUAAACUUGACCACAGACACAAUUAAUGAUUUGAAAAAAAAACUGUCAUUCGAAAGUGGAGUCCCAGGCCAUGCUCUACAUUACCAAGGGAACCAUGGUGUUGGUGAGAUAUUGGAAGAUUGUGGCAUCUCCGAAGACAGAAUUUCAACAGUUAAUUUUUCAUUGUCUACGUGUCUCGACGAACCCCAAAACAAUCAACAAUUGUUCAGUAAUGAUGUUGAACCGUCUGUGCCUCAAACCACAAAAGGGCACAGUGUGUUCCUCGCUUCACUGUAUUCUGUUAAAUCAGAAAAGUGUGGAGGGAAUUUCCUGAAGGUGGUUGCUUACAUUCGCAAACUAACUGGCUGUAACCCUCUGGCACAAAGCUUGUUCCAGCUGAUCUGCAAGAAUGAGAUUGUAACCAAAACUCAGAAGAUAGCAAUCCUCGAGGGACUGUAUGUGCUGUUUAGAGAACUUUUGCCAAGGCCUGGACAACGCACUGAGGAAAAACCAAUCGAUGACAUUAACGUCUUUGAGUUUUCAACACACUGUUGGGCAUAUCUCAUAGCAGCAUCAGAGAAUGAGUCAGAGGUGCAUGAAAAUUAUGCACCAAUCAAACUGACAUCUCAGGAAGGACUUCGUUUUUGUGAACCAGUCAAUGUACCUGGAACACCAGUUGUCUUGGAAAGAGCUCAUGUUCUUCAAAAGAUCAGAGAUGGAGAGAGAAUUCCAAACUGCUCUGAAGUAGACUUGCAGGAGAGCUCACUGAAGAGAAACUUUGAUCUGGAGAAGAUCUUGCUCAGCCUGCCUCCCUCCUUCAAAACAUACUUCUUCUGGAUAUCUCAUGCUGACAUGCAUGGAGAGAACUUUCAGGUGAAUAUGAAGAAGACUUUUGCCGACAUGACAGAGAAUGUGUCUAAGUUCCCCUUCCUACAAGUGACUCCUCCACUCCAGCUCAAGGAAGCAGGCCAAUCUGGGCCAUUGCCUGUCCUUCUGAGUGAAGAUAAUCUUGGUAUUUGUCUGUGCAAAGAUAAAAUGCAACCGCAAGUGAUUCAUGUCUGGGAUUUUCUCAUUGGCAAAGAACACCAUCUGAAUUUGGAGGAACUGGCCGCCAGAACUGGUAAUCUUUCGGAUGACCAGUCAUUUAUUACUUGCAGGACUCCGAAAGAAGCAAUACUGGUGCUGAUGGAUACCAGUUCCUCAAUGGAGGAAGAAUGCUACGGUGAGCUGAAAAUUAGGAAAAUAGAUGCUGUGAAGGAGCUAUUUGACAGCUUUGCAACAAGGACCAUGGCCUAUGAUUUCCAUCACGUGAUCUGCUUUGUGAGGUUCAGCUCGGACGUGAAACUCAUCCAUACAUUUACAGAAACUCUGGAAAAAUUCAAGCAAUAUCUGCGUGACCUUGAACCGAAAGGCCGGACUGUUCUGUACGAUGCCUUGCAACUUGGAGUGAAGGAAAUGGAAGAAGUGAAGAAGAGGUUCCCUGAUUGUAGACUUCGCAUCAUAUGUCUCACGGAUGGAAACGAUGUUGGAUCAACAGUAAAACCUGAAAUCGUUGCAGUAAAUCUGAUCAAAUCCAACAUCAUUGUGGAUUCAAUCCUGCUUGGAAAAGUAGAUAACAACACACUUCACGGAAUCAGCAAUGCCACAGGGGGUUGCUGUUUCAAGCCACAAACAAGCACAGAUGGCCUCAAACUUUUUGAAAGUGAAACUGUUCUUUCAUUGGAAAUGAGGAAACCCAAGAAAAAACUUGAUCCAAUGUCCAUCAAAAGUGCGACUGUUUUAAGUAGCAUCUUUGCACAACACGGCUACGAUGACCUCCCCGAGACGUCUCUGCCAAGCAAGUUCAACAACAAAGUCACUGUAACAGAGAAUGCUCUUAAAAAAAAGAUCCAGGAAUCAAAAAAAAAGCCCUUAUUGGAGAAGGACAAACGUAUACUAGAGGAGUUGAGAAGCCUGCAUUGUGACCCUCAUCCCUACUUGACCAUCUUCCCAUCUGAGUCAGACUUCACGUUUUGGAAGAUUCUGCUGCAGGGUCCCCCUGACACGUCAUAUGAGAAUGGCACCUUUGAGCUGUACUGUCAGUUUGGUCCGGAUUAUCCUGUGAAACCUCCAACAAUCCGCUUUGUGACAGUCAUGUACCACUGCAAUAUCAACAGUUCUGGACGGAUAUGUCACAACAUAUUUGACCGCGGCUACAACGCCCACAUCACAAUGAAGGAGAUCCUAGAGGCCGUUUAUGGACUGCUCAUCGCCCCUGAGGCUGAAGAUCCACUAGACAGUAUUUUGGCUGAGAAAUUCCAAUCCAGCCUGGAUGAGUAUGAACAAGAAGCCAAGGACCAUACUGCGAAAACCGCAUUCAAGUCCUUAAUUGACAAAGAGAAGGAAUUGGUUGGUCUGGUUCCUGUACCGAGGUACAUACCCCUCCAUCUGACAUGUCCACUCACCGGGAGGAUUUUUGUGGAGCCCGUUAAAACAAAGCAUGAAACAGUCUACGAGCGAAAGGCUAUCGAGAAACACCUUCAGAAAUCAAAAUUUGAUCCAAAAAUGGGGGAAGACCAUCCGCUAACAGCAAGAGAUCUCAAACCAGAUCGAGAUAUGAAGAAAAUGGUGAAGAAUUACAGACGUCACCAGCUUGAAUAACCAUUUUCUUCUUUGGUUAAAAAAUAAUUAUCCAUGAUGCUAGUACACAUUGGUAUCUCAAUGUGAACCGGCAUUUUGGAUUCCUUUUUAUAGAUUAUUUUAAAAAUGUUUAAGAUCAAGCAAUAAUCAUUGUAGAUUAUUGUCAAAAUGGUAGAUUGGCCAAUACUUGACAGAAUUUGUCAGUUUUCUCAGUGUACCAUGUUUUCUGAAUGCAUCACUGGGAUUGGAAAGAAAAAAGCAGUGUCAAACAACAGCGACAUGCUGUACAAUUUAACACCUCUGUUAAGCCCCAUUUCAAAAAAUCUCUUGCCUAAUUACUAUGCAUAAGUCAUGUCUCUUUUGAGUUAUAUCUGUAUUAAAUAUAAUCUUUAAAAUAAGGAGCUACUGUACUAUUACCUACAAACACACUGUAUUGUGGAACCAUUGCUCAGGAGACAGAUAUAUCUCAAUCAUAAGUAUCAUUUUUCUUGACUCUUUUUUUGACAAUUAUAUUGUCUAUUUUACUUAUUACAUCAUCUCAUGUUAAUUAUUUAAGUACACAAACCGUGUUCAGAAUAUUUGCUUGAAAUCUGAAGGAACCACAAUAUAGGCCUAUGUUACUUAUGGCAGGGGUCUUCAACGUUUUCCAGGCCAUGGACUCCCAAACUGAUGGAGAGAUGGAGUGGGGACCCCUAACUUAUAUAUUGUAAACAAUUGUGUUUUAUAUUAAUCUGGUCCUAUAGUGCCAUUUAUAAAUGUAUCUUAUUAUUUUGUAUUCAAUACUAAGAUAUUCCAAUAAUACACAGGUUCAUAUAUUCAUGUUUUUAUUUUUAACAUGUGCAAGGUACAGUGAGUAGGGUGGCAAUGCCACUGCCAUUCAUAAACAUAACAUAAUAAACUGAUAAUAAACCUGCCAAGAUCACCAAUGUCUGUCAAUUCCAUGUAAUCAUGCAUAAAAGCUAUUCAAAUGGGCAUUUUCAAAAUAUAAAUGUGGAAACGAAAAUUAGUGAUGUUUGGUAGUGUCUUUCUUAAAGGUCCCAUGACAUGCUAUUUUAUGUAUUCUUUAAUAUAGGUAUUAGUGGGCAACUAACACAGUAUUCAAAGACGUUCCCGAAAUUCAGCCGUGGUGCAGUUACAGCCACUCCGAGCCAGUCGCACAUUGAGCUUCCCCCAAAUGCGCUGUUUUGGUGUCUGUAGCUAUAAUGCAAAUGAGGAGGAGCGAGGCGGGUCAAGGAGGAGGGUGGGGGUGUGGCCCUGAGCAGCUCUCUGUUUACCAUGCGCUCUGUUUACAGUGGAUGUAUCGCAAUGGCGAGGCGCACACAGCCUUUAGCCAUGUUCUGUAAAUAUUCUAGAACACACGGGAGUCCUGGAGCUCUAUAUCUAAAUAUUAUCAUAUACCCUACAUAGAUAUCUAUAUCAUAUAAUAUAUAUUAUAACGGCCAAAAGCUGUGUGAGCCGAUAUUAUGAAUCUAGAACGACCGCGUUGGGUUCUCCGACGUUCCUGGUUCUUCAACGUCCUCAUCAAUGUGAAGUAGACUGAACCACGACAAGGAGGAGAAAGGGACCUAUACUCUUCAAAUCUGGACUACAUUAUCACAGUGAGGCUAUACAUUAUGUAAAACAUAGUUUCAGAUUUUUGAAACCUUUACCCUAUUUGUGAAAAUGCAAUGCGGUCUGGACCCCUAAAUGAGCCUGUAUUGCAUUUUCACAAAUAGGGUAAAGGUUUCACAAAUCUGAAACUAUGUUUUACAUAAUGUAUAGCCUCACUGUGAUCAUUUAGUCCAGAUUUGAAGAGUCUAGGUGUAGUGGUUUUCAAUCAGGACCCGUUCUAAUGCAGUCUGGACCCCUAAAAAGCAUUAAAAUGAGCCUGUAUUGCAUUUUCACAAAUAGAAAAAAAGUUUCACAAAUCUGUAACUAUGUUUUAUAUAAUGAAUAGCCUCACUGUGAAAAUUUAGUCCAGAUUUGAAGAGUCUAGGUGUAGUGGUUUUCAAUCAGGACCGAUUUAAAGUGGACCAGCUGACGAAUUGGAUGCUGCGAAUCGGAUGCAAACUUCAGCGUCGUAUAUUUUUAAUGAUUACCCGCGGCUUAUUCCUGCAAGUACAAAUUAGCUUGUUCUGCACAAAGCUAAAGGCAUGCAAGUUACUGAUUUGGUCUCAUUCAAACAGGUAAUGCUUCACAUCCCAUAUGAUGAGGCAUUCUGUGCAAAGACUGUAGCUAGACUAAGAGCAUUCUAUUUCAGACAUGCUUCCUUUUGUUUCAGAUGAGCAUAAUGAAGGUCGCCUGUUGCUCUGUGAGCGUUAUAUGCAGUUAUGCAAAGGAUUACUUUAUACUACUUAACUACUUGUACAUAUUUUAACUACUAUUUGUACAUAUUAUUGGCUAUUGCUUUUAAUCGUUUUUAGUAUUAUGUCAAAGCAUUAACUCAAUCAUUAAAGGAUUUAG